AUGACUUCGUUUAGCACUUUCGUCCUCGACACGCUGCAGGCUGCGCCUUUCCUAACUUUCGUCUCCUUCAUUCUCAUUUAUAUCCUUCUCGGCCCGACCAUCAUAACCUUGGUGUUCAGAUUGUCCGGCCUAGCACCUACCACCGACGAGUCGCAAAGGACUUGCCCAACGUGCGACGGAAGCGGGGUGGUCGAUGUGACGAUGCAAGAUAAAUCAUCACAGACCGAAGUCCACUGA